GCCCUUCUGCUUCCGGUAAAUUCCAGCCCAGUUUCUGUCCUUGGCUCUCCUGCCACCCCUGCGCGAGACGACGGUUGCUGGGUCUCUGGGAGGUCCUUGCUUAUUUAGAAAGAAGAGAGAGAUUUACAUCAAGACUGACAAAAUUAACCCACUGGGCAGAUGCUAUUUAUAGCAAUAGUGAAUUCGGAGAGAUGAACCUUCACGUGCGCCUGUAAUUGCAGAUGUGUUCCAGGAUUGGUUUGUGAUUUCCAGAAGGCUCUCAUUCCUUCCCCCAACCCCCUCCCCCCCAUCAGGAUUCCUCUUGGCUUAUCCCAGCGGACAAGCACUUAACACCAAUGCGGCUUAAGGAUUAAGGACUGUAAUUGCUCACACAGCGUGACAGACACUGCACUCGGGGGUUCUGACGAUGCUUUAUGGUGGCGCUAUUAUUGGGAUAACUGUCAUAAAAGCUUGUCACCUUUAGGUUUUAAAGUUCCCUGCUGAAGACUGCAAACCAACUCCUGAAAGAUGAGCGAGUCCAACAUAGAAGUAGACAAGAAGGAUGAUCAUCUCCAAUCAUCUAUAACUGAUCAGGCUCCUGGAGAACCAGAACCUCAGGCACAAGAACCGAAGGUACCACAAACGAAAGAAUCAAAAACGAAGGAAACACAAACGACCAAAAUAGAAACAGAGGAAUGGGAAAGAGAACACAGCAGUACAAAUAGUUUCUGUCCUCCACGGGGAACAGUAAAUAAAACAAUUACCGGUGGAGUUACACUCAUUGUAUUAUGGAUUCUACUCUGGGCCCUUAUAGGUCAAGAAGUUCUCCCUGGUGGAAAUUUGUUUGGACUUGUAGUUAUUUUUUACACUGCUUUUCUUGGGGGCAAAAUUAUAGAAGUCAUUAGAAUACCUGUAGUACCUCCCCUCCCACCUCUUCUUGGGAUGUUACUGGCUGGUUUCACCAUCAGGAACGUUCCGAUUCUUUACAAAUUUGUCCAUAUUCCUACCUCAUGGUCUUCAGCUUUAAGAAACACUGCCCUUACUAUUAUCCUAAUACGAGCUGGGCUUGGACUGGACCCACAGGCUUUGAAGCAUCUGAAGGGAGUUUGUCUGAGAUUGUCCUUCGGUCCAUGCCUCCUAGAGGCGUGUGCAGCUGCUUUUUUCUCCCACUUCAUUAUGAACUUUCCUUGGCAAUGGGGGUUCCUAUUAGGUUUUGUCCUAGGUGCUGUCUCUCCUGCUGUUGUCGUUCCCAACAUGCUACUGUUGCAAGAGAAUGGAUAUGGUGUUGAGAAGGGCAUUCCAACCUUACUAGUGGCUGCUAGCAGUAUGGAUGACAUCGUGGCCAUUACUGGAUUCAACACAUUCUUGAGCAUAGUCUUUUCCUCGGGUAGCGUAAUUAGCAAUAUCCUAUCAUCUUUGCGGGAUGUUCUUAUUGGCGUGCUGGUAGGAGUUGUUAUGGGAAUUUUUGUUCAGUAUUUCCCAAGUAGAGAUCAGGAGAGACUUACACAGAGGCGAGCCUUCCUAGUUCUGAGUAUGUGUGUUUCUGCUGUCUUAGGCUGUCAGCACAUUGGCUUACACGGAUCUGGAGGACUGGUGACACUAGUGCUGUCCUUCAUGGCAGCAAAACGAUGGGCUGAAGAGAAGGUUGGAGUCCAAAAACUUGUUGCAAACACAUGGAAUAUUUUUCAGCCGCUUCUUUUUGGCUUAGUUGGAACAGAAGUGUCUGUUGAAUCUCUUGAAUCGAAAACUAUUGGCAUGUGCAUUGCUACUCUGUGUUUGGCACUGCUUGUUCGAAUCUUAGCCGCUUUUGUGCUGAUGUCUUUUGCUAACUUUCGUUUUAUGGAGAAAGUAUUUAUUGCUUUAUCAUGGAUCCCUAAAGCUACAGUCCAGGCUGUCUUAGGUCCUCUGGCUCUAGAAACAGCAAGGGUCAUGGCACCCCACUUGGAAGGAUAUUCAAGGAAUGUGAUGACAGUGGCCUUUCUAGCAAUCCUGAUUACCGCUCCAAAUGGAGCCCUCAUCAUUGGCAUACUGGGACCCAAAGUACUUGAUCAUAGUGAGGAGACAUUCCCUUUAAAAGUGGAGCUUUCAAACUUUCAUAAUUAAAAGUUUGCUAUUA